AUGCAUUCAACUUUUCUCCUAAUUGUAACCACCUCUGCAGCAUUCAUCUUUCCACUUUUUCUCUCAUCUCCAUUUCUCAUCAUUCAUCUUUCCACUUUUUUCUCUCAUCUCCAUUUCUCAUGUAACCACCUAAUUGCUCUGCAGCAUUCAUCUUUCCACUUUUCUCUCAUCUCCAUUUCUCAUGUAACCACCCUAAUUGCACUGCAGCAUUCAUCUUUCCUUUUCUCUCAUCUCCAUUUCUCAUGUAACCACCUAAUUGCUCUGCAGCAUUCAUCUUUCCACUUUUUCUCUCAUCUCCAUUUCUCAUGUAACCACCUAAUUGCUCUGCAGCAUUCAUCUUUCCACUUUUCUCUCAUCUCCAUUUCUCAUCAUUCAUCUUUCCACUUUUUCUCUCAUCUCCAUUUCUCAAUUGCUCUGCAGCAUUCAUCUUUCCACUUUUUCUCUCAUCUCCAUUUUGUAACCUCUGCAGCAUUCAUCUUUCCACUUUUCUCUCAUCUCCAUUUCUCAUGUAACCACCUAAUUGCUCUGCAGCAUUCAUCUUUCCACUUUUUCUCUCAUCUCCAUUUCUCAUGUAACCACCUAAUUGCACUGCAGCAUUCAUCUUUCCACUUUUUCUCUCAUCUCCAUUUCUCAUGUAACCACCUAAUUGCUCUUUCACUUUUUCUCUCAUUCCAUAACCACCUAAUUGCUUCAUUCAUCUUUUUUUUCUCUCAUCUCCAUUUCUCAUGUAACCACCUAAUUGCACUGCAGCAUUCAUCUUUCCACUUUUUCUCUCAUCUCCAUUUCUCAUGUAACCACCUAAUUGCACUGCAGCAUUCAUCUUUCCACUUUUCUCUCAUCUCCAUUUCUCAUCAUUCAUUCAUCUUUCCAUUUCUUUUCUCUCAUCUCCAUUUCUCAUGUAACCUCACAGCAUCAUUCAUUCCUUUUCUCAUCUCCAUUUCUCAUGUAACCACUAAUUGCUCUGCAGCAUUCAUCUUUCCACUUUUCUCUCAUCUCCAUUUCUCAUGUAACCACCUAAUUGCACUGCAGCAUUCAUCUUUCCACUUUUCUCUCAUCUCCAUUUUCUCAUGUAACCACCUAAUUGCUCUGCAGCAUUCAUUUUCCUUUUCUCUCUCUCUCCAUUUCUCAUGUAACCACCCUAAUUGCACUGCAGCAUUCAUUCCACUUUUCUCUCAUCUCCAUUUCUCAUGUAACCACCUAAUUGCUCUGCAGCAUUCAUCUUUCCACUUUUCUCUCAUCUCCAUUUCUCAUCAUUCAUCUUUCCACUUUUUCUCUCAUCUCCAUUUCUCAUGUAACCACCUAAUUGCACUGCAGCAUUCAUCUUUCCACUUUUUCUCUCAUCUCCAUUUCUCAUGUAACCACCUAAUUGCACUGCAGCAUUCAUCUUUCCACUUUUUCUCAUCUCCAUUUCUCAUCAUUCAUCUUUCCACUUUUUCUCUCAUCUCCAUUUCUCAUGUAACCACCCUAAUUGCACUGCAGCAUUCACUUUUUCUCUCAUCUCCAUUUCUUCCACUUUUUUCUCUCAUCUCCAUUUCUCAUCUCCAUUUCUCAUCUCAUUUCUCAUGUAACCAACCAUUCAUUCCACUUUUCUCUCAAUUAACCACCUGCAGCAUUCAUCUUUCCACUUUUUUCUCUCAUCUCCAUUUCUCAUGUAACCACCUAAUUGCUCUGCAGCAUUCAUCUUCCACUUUUUCUCUCAUCUCCAUUUCUCAUCAUUCAUCAUUCCACUUUUCUCUCAUCUCCAUUUCUCAUGUAAACCACCUAAUUGCACUGCAGCAUUCAUUCCACUUUUUCUCUCAUCUCCAUUUCUCAUGUAACCACCUAAUUGCACUGCAGCAUUCAUUCCUUUUUUCUCUCAUCUCCAUUUCUCAUCAUUCAUCUUUCCACUUUUUCUCUCAUCUCCAUUUCUCAUGUAACCACCUAAUUGCACUGCAGCAUUCAUCUUUCCACUUUUUCUCUCAUCUCCAUUUCUCAUGUAACCACCUAAUUGCAGCAUUCAUCUUUCCACUUUUUCUCUCAUCUCCAUUUCUCAGUAACCACCUUCUCUGCAGCAUUCAUCUUUCCACUUUUCUCUCAUCUCCAUUUCUCAUCAUUUUCUUUUUCUCUCAUCUCCAUUUCUCAUGUAACCACCUAAUUGCACUGCAGCAUUCAUCUUUCCACUUUUCUCUCAUCUCCAUUUCUCAUGUAACCACCUUUCUGCAGCAUUCAUCUAUUCCACUUUUCUCUCAUCUCCAUUUCUCAUCAUUCAUCUUUCCACUUUUCUCUCAUCUCCAUUUCUCAUGUAACCACCUAAUUGCACUGCAGCAUUCAUUCCACUUUUUCUCUCAUCUCCAUUUCUCAUGUAACCACCCUAAUUGCACUGCAGCAUUCAUUCCACUUUUCUCUCAUCUCCAUUUCUCAUGUAACCACCUAAUUGCUCUGCAUUCAUUCAUCUUUCCUUUUCUUUCCAUUUCUCAUGCCAACCACCUAAUUGCACUGCAGCAUUCAUUCCACUUUUCUCUCAUCUCCAUUUCUCAUCAUUCAUCUUUCCACUUUUUCUCUCAUCUCCAUUUCUCAUGUAACCACCUAAUUGCACUGCAGCAUUCAUUCCACUUUUUCUCUCAUCUCCAUUUCUCAUGUAACCACCUAAUUGCUCUGCAGCAUUCAUCUUUCCACUUUUUCUCUCAUCUCCAUUUCUCAUGUAACCACCUAAUUGCACUGCAGCAUUCAUUCCACUUUUUCUCUCAUCUCCAUUUCUCAUCAUUCAUCUUUCUUUUUCUCUCAUUCCAUUUCUUUUCUCUCAUCUCCACUUUUUUCUCAUCUCCAUUUUUCUCAUGUAACCACCUAAUUGCACUGCAGCAUUCAUCUUUCCCUUUUCUCUCAUCUCCAUUUCUCAUCAUUCAUUCCACUUUUCUCUCUCAUCUUUUCUCUCAUCUCCAUUUCUCAUGUAACCACCUAAUUGCACUGCAGCAUUCAUUCCACUUUUUCUCUCAUCUCCAUUUCUCAUGUAACCACCUAAUUGCACUGCAUUCAUCUUUCCACUUUUUCUCAUCUCUCCAUUUCUCAUGUCAUCUGCAGCAUUCAUUCCACUUUUUCUCUCAUCUCCAUUUCUCAUGUAACCACCUAAUUGUUUGCAGCAUUCAUCUUUCACUUUUCUCUCAUCUCCAUUUCUCAUCAUCUUUUCAUUUUUCUCAUCUCCAUUUUCUCUCUGCAGCAUUCAUUCCAUUUUCUCCAUUUCUUAACCACCUAAUUGCACUGCAGCAUUCAUCUUUCCACUUUUCUCUCAUCUCCAUUUCUCAUCAUUCAUUCCACUUUUCUCUCAUCUCCAUUUCUCAUGUAACCACCCCUAAUUGCACUGCAGCAUUCAUCUUUCACUUUUCUCUCAUCUCCAUUUCUCACCACCCUAAUUGCACUGCAGCAUUCAUCUUUUUCUCUCAUCUCCAUUUCUCAUUGCUCUGCAGCAUUCAUCUUUCCACUUUUCUCUCAUCUCUCCAUUUCUCAACCACCCUAAUUGCACUGCAUUCAUCUUUCCACUUUUUCUCUCAUCUCCAUUUCUCAUGUAACCACCUCAAUUGCCAACCACUAAUUGCUCUGCAGCAUUCAUCUUCCACUUUUCUCUCAUCUCCAUUCUCAUGUAACCACCUAAUUGCACUGCAUUCAUUUUCACUUUUCUCUCAUCUCCAUUUCUCAUGUAACCACCUAAUUGCACUGCAGCAUUCAUUCCACUUUUCUCUCAUCUCCAUUUCUCAUGUAACCACCCAAUUGCUCUGCAGCAUUCAUCUUUCCUUUUUCUCUCAUCUCCCAUUUCUCCAUGUAACCACCCUAAUUGCACUGCAGCAUUCAUUCCCUUUUUCUCUCAUCUCCAUUUCUCAUCAUAACCACCUAAUUGCUCUGCAGCAUUCAUCUUUCUUUUUCUCUCAUCUCCAUUUCUCAUGUAACCACCUAAUUGCACUGCAGCAUUCAUCUUUCCACUUUUCUCUCAUCUCCAUUUCUCAUCAUUCAUUCCACUUUUUCUCUCAUCUCCAUUUCUCAUGUAACCACCUAAUUGCUCUGCAGCAUUCAUCUUUCCUUUUCUCUCAUCUCCAUUUCUCAUGUAACCACCUAAUUGCACUGCAGCAUUCAUCUUUCCACUUUUUCUCUCAUCUCCAUUUCUCAUCAUUCAUCUUUCUUUUUUCUCUCAUCUCCAUUUCUCAUGUAACCAUUCCUACUUUUUCUCUCUCAGCAUUUUCAUGCCAACCACCUUUCCACUUUUCUCUCAUCUCCAUUUUCUCAUGUAACCACCUAAUUGCUCUGCAGCAUUCAUCUUUCCACUUUCUCUCAUCUCCAUUUCUCAUCAUUUCAUUCACUUUUCUCUCAUCUCCAUUUCUCAGCCAACCACCUAAUUGCUCUGCAGCAUUCAUCAUUUUCCACUUUUCUCUCAUCUCCAUUUCUCAUCAUUCAUCUUUCCCUUUUCUUUCCCAUUUCUCAUGCCAACCACCUCCAUUCAUUCAUUGCCUCUCUCAUCUCCAUUUCUCAUGUAACCACCUAAUUGCUCUGCAGCAUUCAAUCUUUCUUUUUCUCAUCUCCAUUUCUCAUAUACCACCUAUUACUGCAGCAUUCAUCUUUCACUUUUCUCUCAUCUCCAUUUCUCAUCAUUCAUUUUCUCUCAUCUCCCAUUUCUCAUGUAACCACCUAAUUGCACUGCAGCAUUCAUUCCUUUCUCUCUCAUCUCAUUUCUCAUGUUUCCACCUAACCUGCACCAUUCAUCUUUCCACUUUUCUCUCAUCUCCCAUUUCUCAUUACUGCAGCAUUCAUUCCACUUUUUCUCUCAUCUCCCAUUUCUCAUGUAACCACCUAAUUGCUCUGCAGCAUUUCAUCUUUCCACUUUUCUCUCUCUCCAUUUUCUCAUCAUUCAUUCCACUUUUCUCUCAUCUCCAUUUCUCAUGUAACCCACCUAAUUGCACUGCAGCAUUCAUCUUUCCACUUUUCUCUCAUCUCCAUUUCUCAUGUAACCACCUAACCACAGCAUUCAUUCCACUUUUCUCUCAUCUCCAUUUCUCAUUCAUCUUUUCAUCUUUUUUCUCUCAUCUCCAUUUCUCAUGUAACCACCUAAUUGCACUGCAGCAUUUCUUUUCCACUUUUCUCUCAUCUCCAUUUCUCAUUAACCACCCUAAUUCUUCUGCAGCAUUCAUCUUUCCCUUUUUCUCUCAUCUCCAUUUCUCAUGUGACCACCAUUGCACUGCAGCAUUCAUUCCACUUUUUCUCUCAUCUCCCAUUUUUCUCAUUAACCAUCUUUCCCUUUUCUCUCAUCUCCAUUUCUCAUUCACCAUCUUUCCACUUUUCUUUCUCUCUCAUCUCCAUUUCUCAUUUUUAACCACCCCUAAUUGCAUUCAUCUUUCACUUUUCUCUCAUCUCCAUUUCACCACCUUUGCACUGCAGCAUUCAUCUUUCCACUUUUUCUCAUCUCCAUUUCUCAUCAUUCAUCUUUCCACUUUUCUCUCAUCUCCAUUUCUCAUACUUAACCACCUAGUACUCUGCAUUCAUCUUUCCACUUUUUCUCUCAUCUCCAUUUCUCAUCAUUCAUCUUUCCACUUUUUCUCUCAUCUCCACUUUUUCUCAUCUCCAUUUCUCAACCACCUAAUUGCAUUCAUCUUUCACUUUUUCUCUCAUUCAUCUCAUGUAACCACCUGUUACUGCAGCAUUCAUUUUUUCUCUCAUCUCCAUUUCUCAUCAUUCAUCUUUCACUUUUCUCUCAUCUCCAUUUCUCAUGUAUACCUAAUUAACCACCUAAUUGUAACCACCACUGCAGCAUUCAUCUUUCUUUUUCUCUCAUCUCCAUUUCUCAUGUCUCAUUCAUUCCAUUUCCAUUUCAACCUUAACCACCUAAUUGCUCUCAUCUUUCCACUUUUCUUUCCUUUCUCUCUCAUCUCCAUUUCUCAUUCAACACCUAGCUCUUUUUCAUUCAUUCCAUCUCAUCUCCAUUUCUCUUAUAACCACUACAUUCAUCUUUCCCUUUUUCUCUCAUCUCCAUUUCUCAUUAACCACCUAAUUUCACUGCAGCAUUCAGCCCUUUUCUCUCAUCUCCAUUUCUCAUGUAACCACCUAGUGCUCUGCAGCAUUCAUCUUUCCUUUUCUCUCAUCUCCAUUUCUCAUCAUUCAUCUUUCGACUUUUUCUCUCAUCUCCAUUUCUCAUCUAACCACCUAAUUGCUCUGCAGCAUUCAUCUUUCCUUUUUCUCUCAUCUCCAUUUCUCUUAACCACCCCUAAUUUCUCUGCAGCAUUCAUCUUUCCACUUUUCUCUCAUCUCCAUUUCUCAUCAUUCAUCUUUCCACUUUUCUCUCAUCUCCAUUUCUCAUGUAACCCACCUAAUUCACUGCAGCAUUCAUUCUUUCUCUCAUCAUUUCUUCUAACCACCUUUUCUCCACAUUCAUCUUUCCACUUUUCUCUCAUCUCCAUUUCAUUACUGCAGCAUUCAUUUCCACUUUUCUCUCAUCUCCAUUUCUCAUAUAACCACCUAAUUUGCUCUGCAUUCAUUCAUCUUUUCUUUUCUCAUCUCCAUUUCUCAUGUAACCACCUAAUUGCACUGCAGCAUUCAUCUUUCCUUUUCUCUCAUCUCCAUUUCUCAUGUAACCACCCUAAUCUUUCCACUUUUCUCUCAUCUCCAUUCAUUCCACCUUUCAUUCUCAUCUCCCAUUUCUCAUCAUUCAUCUUUCCACUUUUCUCUCAUCUCCAUUUCUCAUGUAACCACCUUUUCAUCUCACUUUUCUCUCUCUCCAUUUCUCAUGUAACCACCUAUCUUUCUUUCAUCUUUCCACUUUUCUCUCAUUUUCUUUCCACUUUUCUCUCUCUUUUUCUCCAUCUUUCUCAUCAUUCAUCUUUCCCUUUUCUCUCUCCAUUUCUCAUCAUUCAUCUUUCCCUUUUUCUCUCAUCUCCAUUUCUCAUCCUUCUUAACCACCUAAUUGCACUGCAGCAUUCAUCUUUCACUUUUUCUCUCAUCUCCAUUUCUCAUGUAACCACCCUAGUACUGCGCAUUCAUUCCACUUUUUCUCUCUCCAUUUCUCAAAACCACCUAGUUACUGCAGCAUUCAUCUUCCACUUUUUCUCUCAUCUCCAUUUCUCAUCAUUCAUUUUUCUCUCAUCUCCAUUUCUCAUACCCAACCACCUAAUUUCUGCAGCAUUCAUCUUUCCACUUUUUCUCAUCUCCAUUUCUCAUUUCCUUUGCAGCAUUCAUCUCACUUUCUCUCUCAUCUCCAUUUCAUGUAACCACCUAAUUGCACUGCAGCAUUCAUUUCCACUUUUUCUCUCAUCUCCAUUUCUCAUCAUUCAUCUUUCCAUUCUUUUCUCUCAUCUCCAUUUCUCAUGUAACCACCUAAUUGCACUGCAGCAUUCAUUUUCAUCUCCUUUUUCUCUCAUCUCCAUUUCUCAGCUUAACCACCUACAUUGCUCUGCAGCAUUCAUCUUUUCCACUUUUCUCUCAUCUCCAUUUCUCAUCAUUCAUCUUUCCACUUUUCUCUCAUCUCCCAUUUUCUCAUGUAACCACCUAGUACUGCAGCAUUCAUCUUUCUCAUUUCCUCAUUUUUCUCUCAUCUUUCCAUUUCUCAUUUCUCAUGUAACCACCCUAAUUGCUCUGCAGCAUUCAUCUUUUCCACUUUUUCUCUCAUCUCCCAUUUCUCAUGCCCAACCACCCCUAAUUGCUCUGCAUUCAUCUCCACUUUUUCUCUCAUCUCCAUUUCUCUAA